AUGUCACUGAAAAACGAGCCAAGGGUAAAUACCUCUGCACUGCAGAAAAUCGCUGCUGACAUGAGUAACUUGAUAGACAAUCUGGACACGCGGGAACUCCACUUUGAGGGAGAGGAGGUGGAGUAUGAUGUGUCUCCCAGUGAUCCCAAGAUACAGGAAGUGUAUAUCCCUUUCUCUGCUAUAUAUAACACUCAAGGAUUUAAGGAGCCUAAUGUACAGACGUACCUCUCCGGCUGUCCAAUAAAAGCACAAGUUCUGGAAGUGGAACGCUUCACAUCCACUACAAGGGUACCAAGUAUCAAUCUUUACACUAUUGAGUUAACACAUGGGGAAUUUAAAUGGCAAGUAAAGAGGAAAUUCAAGCACUUUCAAGAAUUUCACAGAGAGCUUCUCAAGUACAAAGCCUUUAUCCGAAUCCCCCUUCCCACCAGAAGACACACAUUUAGAAGACAAAACGUCAGAAGGGAGGAGCCUCGAGAGAUGCCCAGUUUGCCCCGUUCAUCUGAAAACAUGGUUAGAGAAGAACAGUUUUUCAGCAGAAGGAAACAACUGGAAGAUUACUUGACAAAGAUACUAAAAAUGCCCAUGUAUAGAAACUAUCAUGCCACGACAGAAUUCCUUGAUAUAAGCCAGCUAUCUUUCAUCCAUGAUCUGGGACCAAAGGGCAUAGAAGGUAUGAUAAUGAAAAGAUCCGGGGGACACAGAAUACCAGGUUUAAAUUGCUGUGGUCAGGGAAGAGCCUGCUACCGAUGGUCAAAAAGGUGGUUAAUAGUGAAAGAUUCCUUUUUAUUGUACAUGAAACCAGACAGUGGUGCUAUUGCCUUUGUCCUGCUGGUAGACAAAGAAUUCAAAAUUAAGGUGGGAAAGAAGGAAACAGAAACGAAAUAUGGACUCCGAAUUGAUAAUCUCUCAAGGACACUUAUUUUAAAAUGCAACAGCUAUAGACAUGCUCGAUGGUGGGGAGGGGCCAUAGAAGAAUUCAUCCAGAAACACGGCACCAACUUUCUCAAAGAUCAUCGAUUUGGGUCAUAUGCUGCUAUCCAAGAGAACACUUUAGCUAAAUGGUACGUUAAUGCCAAAGGAUAUUUUGAAGAUGUGGCGGAUGCAAUGGAAGAGGCAAAAGAAGAGAUUUUUAUCACGGAUUGGUGGUUGAGUCCAGAAAUCUUCCUGAAACGCCCAGUGGUUGAAGGAAAUCGUUGGAGGUUGGACUGCAUUCUUAAACGAAAAGCACAACAGGGUGUGAGGAUCUUCAUAAUGCUCUACAAAGAGGUGGAACUUGCUCUUGGAAUCAAUAGUGAAUACAGCAAACGGACUUUAAUGCGUCUACAUCCCAACAUAAAGGUGAUGAGGCACCCCGAUCACGUGUCGUCCAGCGUCUAUCUGUGGGCUCAUCACGAGAAACUCGUCGUCAUUGACCAGUCGGUGGCCUUUGUGGGUGGGAUCGACCUGGCCUAUGGAAGGUGGGAUGACAAUGAGCACAGACUGACGGACGUGGGCAGCGUGAAGCGGGUCACUUCCGGACUGUCUCUGGGUUCCCUCCCAGCUGCAACAACAGAGUCUGUAGAAUCCUUAAGCCUCAAAGAUAAAAACAAAUCUAAUAAAAAUCUGCCCAUCCUGAAGAAUGUUGAUGAUAUGGAUUCAAAACUGAAAGGAAUAGGAAAGCCAGGAAAGUUCUCCAAAUUUAGCCUCUACAGGCAGCUCUACAGGCACCACCUGCACAACGCCGACAGCAUCAGCAGCAUCGACAGCACCUCCAGUUAUUUUAAUCACUAUAGAAGUCAUCAGAAUUUAAUCCAUGGUUUAAAAUGCCACUUCAGACUCUUUCGCCCUUCCAGUGAGUCUGAGCAGGGACUCACUGGACCUAACGUUGAUGCCGGCUCCAUCCGCAGUUUACAGACAGGCGUGGGAGAGCUUCAUGGGGAAACCAGAUUCUGGCAUGGAAAGGACUACUGCAAUUUUGUCUUCAAAGAUUGGGUUCAACUUGAUAAACCUUUUGCUGAUUUCAUUGAUAGGUACUCCACUCCCCGGAUGCCCUGGCAUGAUAUUGCCUCUGCGGUCCAUGGGAAGGCAGCUCGUGACGUGGCGCGUCACUUCAUCCAGCGCUGGAACUUCACGAAGAUUAUGAAACCAAAAUAUCGGUCCCUUUCUUAUCCUUUUCUGCUUCCAAAGUCUCAAACAACAGCCCAUGAGCUGAGAUAUCAAGUGCCUGGGUCUGUCCAUGCUAACGUACAGUUGCUCCGCUCUGCUGCUGACUGGUCUGCUGGUAUAAAGUACCAUGAAGAGUCCAUCCAUGCUGCUUACGUCCACGUGAUCGAGAACAGCAAGCACUACAUCUAUAUCGAAAACCAGUUUUUCAUAAGCUGCACUGGUGACAAAGUUGUGUACAACAAGGUGGGCGACACCAUUACCCAGAGGAUCCUGAAAGCUCACAGGGAAAGCCAGAGAUACCGGGUGUAUGUUGUGAUACCUCUUCUGCCAGGGUUUGAAGGAGACAUUUCAACUGGUGGAGGAAAUGCUCUGCAGGCAAUAAUGCACUUCAAUUACAGAACCAUGUGCAGAGGAGAAAAUUCCAUCCUUGGUCAGUUAAAAGCAGAGAUUGGUAAUCAGUGGAUAAAUUACAUAUCGUUCUGUGGUCUGAGAACACAUGCAGAGCUCGAAGGAAACCUUGUCACUGAACUUAUCUAUGUCCACAGCAAGCUGUUAAUUGCUGAUGAUAACACUGUUGUUAUUGGCUCUGCCAACAUAAAUGACCGAAGCUUGCUGGGAAAGCGUGACAGUGAGAUGGCUGUCAUUGUGCAGGACACAGAGAUGGUCCCUUCGGUCAUGGAUGGAGAAGAAUACCAAGCUGGUCGGUUCGCCCAUGGACUUCGGCUACAGUGCUUCAGGGUUGUCCUUGGCUAUCUUUCUGACCCAAGUGAGGACAUUCAGGAUCCAGUGAGUGACAAAUUCUUCAAGGAAGUGUGGGUUUCAACAGCAGCUAGAAAUGCUACAAUUUAUGAUAAGGUGUUCCGGUGCCUUCCCAAUGAUGAAGUGCACAAUUUAAUUCAGCUGAGAGACUUUAUAAACAAGCCUAUAUUAGCAAAGGAAGAUCCCAUUAGAGCUGAAGAGGAACUGAAAAAGAUCCGUGGGUUCCUGGUGCAAUUCCCCUUUUAUUUCUUGUCUGAAGAAAGCCUAUUGCCUUCUGUCGGAACCAAAGAAGCCAUAGUGCCCAUGGAGGUUUGGACUUAAAAGACCUUAUACUUGUUUGCAGCUCAAGGACUUCUACCCUGAGACCACGCUGCACACAGUGCCUUCCUGGAGACC